UGCGAGGCGAGCAUGGGGAAUCAGCAAGGAAGCCCACGCAAGUCGAAGCGGUCGUCGCUGCAGGGCGUGCUCAACCUCGUCCAAGGCAAGGUCGACGAGGCCAUCGAGGAUCACUCGCGCCUCGCGCCCGACAUGUUUGCCGUCUCGCUCGCCGGGCACCAUGGCCUGCCCGCGCAGCCGUCGCUGACGUGCUACCUCGCGGCCCACGAGCUGCUCGUCGUUGCAGCUGGGUACCAGCAGAUCAAGCUCUACGGCGAAGACGGCCUCGAGAUGUUUGUGUCGUGCAUCGCGAACGAGGCCACGGCGACGGCCGGUGCGUCCACGAGCUUCCUGCAACCCACGGCGAAUGGGCGCCUUGUGCUUGUCUCGUCCGACAGUGGCGUCCAAGUUGUCUCGCUCGAGCAAUUGCAAUCCGGCGCGUCGCCGCUCAUCGCGUCCUUGUCGCCAAGCUGGAAAAUGUGCCGGAUCACGGCCCUCGAGACGAUCAAGAGCCACAAGGCGGCGCCGUUCUUCUUCCUCGCCCUCGACGACGGAUCGAUUCAGGUCGUUCAAGAAGAGACUUGCGCAUUCGCCACGUACGCGAUCCAGGCUGCGCAGCUCGGUCUUGGCGGCGACGACGUUGCCGUUUCGGCGAUGGCCAGCAACCCGAGCGACGCCAACCAGUUGCUCUUGGCGUACGAAGGCGCGCAUGAGACCAGCGUCUUCCUCUGGGACCUCGCCAAGAAGAAGGUAUUGCACAAGGCGACCGUGCCGCCGGCCCAUGGAAGCGUCCAGAGCCUCGCAUGGCAUGCGAGCGGCAAGCGGUUCGCCGCCGGCUUCCAAGAUGGCUCGUUUGGCGUCUUUCGCACCGACAAGCAGCAGAGCGCGUUCUUUCCUACCACGACGGCGGCUCCGUUGACGCGGCUGGCGUGGGCAGCGACCGACGCCAACUCGGCCGGCCUCCUCAUGUGCGCCUGGACACCAUCCUCGCCGUCCGUACAGAUCUACGCGGCGCCACGAGACAUCUCGGCCAAGGACGCGCUCUCGGCGAUGACGAAACACGCAUCGUUUCCUUGGCGCAUCACGUCCUUGCCCACGUCAUCGCGCGUUAUGGACGUCGUCCUGACAAGCCAUUUGACGCCAUCUGCGUCAUGCGCGCCGUUCACUUGUAUUGCGCUCGUCGGCGACCCCAUGGGUGGUGUGCUGCCUCGUAUCGAGUUGCUGCCCGUGCCAUGCACCGUCGUCCAGCCGCUCACACCGAAAGAGGAGCUUGUCUGGAUCGAGAUGGACGUUCUGCCACUCCCACUUCCGUCGUCGUCGGUGCAGACACCUACCGUCGCUGCGUGGCACAUUGUCGAUCUCGGCGGCGUCAACGGCUCUUUGCGGGACGAUCUCUUCUCGACGUGCGAGGCCAAAGCCGAACCAAGUAGCCUCAACGGGUGGUCGUCGCCGCUUCGAGGAGGAUCGAUCGAGCACGUGACGCCGCAGCUGUCACCCGACGCCUGUGCGCAGCUGCACGCGACGGAUGUGCACCGCGCCUCGCUGGUCGUCACGGCCCAUUUCGACGCGUCGACCUCAGUCGUGCGUUUCUGGGAGCUCCUGCCACGUCAUGACGGUAUUGGCGCCGGCAUUUUGACGCUACUGCAUACGCUGGACCUUGCGCCCCUCGAGCUCACGUUCAAGCAAGUGACGGCGGUGCACUUUUGCCCUACUUCGCGACUGCUGCUUGUGGGCAUGGAGUCGGGCGAGGUGGCGGUCUUUUCGUUUCAGGAAGGAUUUCAGCUUGCGUUCACGCUCCACGUGCACUCGAGUGCGAUCGAGCACAUGGUCGUCUCGGCGUCGCUUGGGUACCUUGCGACCUCGGAUGCAUUUGGCGUCGUCGCCAUUGUGCACUUGGAUUCGCAAGAGUACAAGCUCGCGGUGUUUGAUAUCUCAACCGAAGAGGCUGUGAGUGUCAACGCACUCCUUCUCCACGAGCGUCUGCUGUUUGUGGGCCGAGGCAACAGCUGUGUCGAGCUCUACGACCUCGUGUCUGCCGAUCUCCUCACGCGUUGCCACGUGAGCGACGGCCCCGCCGACGCAAUCGCCCACCUGCUCUUGCUCCACGAAGACGGCGCACCCGUGCAUCCCGUGGCUCUGGAGAGCCGAGCCGAGAGCGAGUCGCACGAUGAGCUCAAGAAGACCGAGACGGAGCGCAAGGUGGCCGGGAUCCUUCAGCGCUACGCGGCGCCGCCAACGCGCAUGCCAAUCGAGCGCCAUGAAGGUGUACACGUGACGUUGGCACCCGGGCCGCUCGGACUCUUUCUGGACGACGAAACGCAAGACCGGGUUCUCGUCAAGGCGUUUGUGGACGAUGCACCCAACGCAGCUCUUCUGCGCCAACACGGCGUGACAGCCAUGAGCUCGCUUGUCGCAAUCAACGGCGCCGACGUCUCCCAGCUGCGCAAGGACGACGUCGUGCAGCUCUUGUCGUCGCUCAGCGCCGAGACAAAGCUCCUGACGUUUGCGCCGCCACCAGAAGCCGAGGCGCCGUAUCUGCUCUGCGCCAAAGGCAGGUCGCUGGCCAUCUUUAAGGCCGUCGCACCCGAGAGUACACAAAGCGCUGCGACGUCCCCGUCGCCGAUGCCAACACUCGCCGUCGAUGUCGAGGCGUCUGUGGAGCUGCGCUCGACCAUUGCGUCACUGGCGAUCGUGAGCCUUCCGAUCGACGGACGGCUCGACCAUGGUAUUCUGGCGCUGGACGAUUCUGGCUACGUGUACAUGCUUGCGGCGCCGAGUCUGCGGGUCAUUUGGAGUGCGUCGCUGCCGUCGAUGGUGCAAACAGGCUACGCGUUCGACUAUGUCCACGUUGGCGUGGCAGCGUCGAGCGCCGAGAUUAUAUUGUGCACGUCCUCGGGUGACGUGGCGCGCUUCUCGGUGCUGCAGAACGAACUCGCGUCGGAGCUGUCGAUGCUGCAAUGGACCACGACCAAGGUCCGCGUGACUAGCGACAAGCCUGUGCAGCAGCCGACGGUGGCUGAGCCGCCCCUCGAGCGUCGCAACAGCAGCAGCAUUUUCAAAGUGUUCUCCUCGAGCUCGACCGACGUCGACUUGAACAAGGUGUUUGUGGUGCCGCCCAAGGACCAAUCGGAGCGCGAGCGGCUCAUGGGCGACCGAUCACCGGCGCCGCAAGCGACGGGUGCCACCAAAGAUAUCAAGGGCGGUAUGAGUGCGACGAUGGGCGCGCUGAACGAAGCGACUCAAAACCUCCACUUGCGCGGCGAGAAGCUCUCGGACUUGGGCGAAAAGACGGAGCAGCUCAAGCGCCACGCCGAUGAGUUUUACCAGACGAUGCGCGCGUUCAACGAGCGUGAGGCCAAGAAGAAAUGGUACCAAAUCUAAGACACAAAUGUAUGUAUCUCUUCUGCAAUA